CGCCUCUCGCCCACAGAUUGAUGGCGCCAUUGGCGGGGUUACCUGUACAGUACCUGGAUUCCGGCAUUGCCACACGCGCGGAAUUAAGUACUCCCAGGUAUGUAGGUGGAACUCGGCACCUCCUACAUGUUAAUUAUUGAAUUGUUUUAAAAAAAAACUCGACCUGUUCCCUGCUCUGACGACGAGUAGAUUAUUUCCGGUUGGGUUUACUUUAUAUAGGGUAGGUAUAUACUCUAUUGUGUGCUACAUUAAGUCGUUCACACUCUUCUGCGGCCUCUAACUACUGUUCUGCUAGUCAAGCUCAUUAACUCCGCUACUCUCCUUUCAACCAAAGAGAGAAUAAUCAAAAUGUCAACUGUAUAUAUUUAUCUACGUGCAUCCGCUCUAAAACGAGAACAAAUUGGUUAGAAUCAGGAUAGUGGAUAACACCCAAUAACAGUUGCAGGCUCGCAGACAUCGCAGAGAGACAGCGGUCAAGCUAGCUACAAUAAUCUGCAAACAGCCAUGCUCCAAGUAAUUUGAUAUCUGCCAUAUCCCAUUGGCCCAGGCGCCAACUGGAAAGGAUAUCCGGCAACGAUCGAGGCGCCUGCAGUGACAAAUAAUCGCUCGGUGGAACCACGCAUCUGGAUAGCGCAUUCUUCAUUCAUACGAAUCAAACUUCAUGCAAAGCACAUAGGCUAAGAAGAGGCAUCAAGUGUGGCAUUUGGCCAAUUACCCAAGACUAGCCUAUCGCUGCUGGACAUAAAGGAGCUUCUCCCUACCGGAGGAUGCUAUGAUCUUCCGCCUCCCCUCCUACGCUCCUGGCCAUCCGAUGACCCCACUAGAUUUUCAACGACGAGGCUGAAUCUACCCAAAACUAUCGAGCUGAAAGCCCAUUUAGCUAAUGAUAUUUGCUGGGUGAAGCUAAUAUUCUUCUUAGAAGAUCUUAUUUGACCUCUCCUACCCCUGCGCUGUUGGGCCCGGAACAUUUUUUAAUAAAGGAAAGGAAGAAACUGGAAAAGAAAAUGGCCGAGCUUUUCAUCGCCAUCUAUCAGCCCCGGAACCAGAUCUUGGGAACCUAUCACUGGGCCCUGUAUCUCCAAAUUAGCUCAACAGAGCACAUCAUAUUCCAAAUCGUCGGUGAGCCGUGCGACUUCAAAUACGACGAGCGCUCUGAGCCUCUUGAAGAUAGUACCCACCAUAUAGAGAACAUCCGAGUCGCGGAGAUCGAUCAUGUUGAUCACUUUUGCCAACUAGUCAGGGACCAAAAGAUCGAGAAUGAAAUGUACCACUGGGGUUGCCAGCAGUGGGUCCUGGAUGUGUUGGAGAGCUUGGUUGAAGAUGAUCUUCUUACUGACUAUGACCAUGAUGAGGCUAAGCUCAAGCUGGACCCGCUGUUUGGAGUCCGGGUUGAGGAUGAGUACGAGGCCUAGACGGCGAGUGUUGUGCUGAAAGCCUCCAACAAAUACGAGCGGAGGGUCUGAGUUGAGGAGUAUCUUCGGAGAGAUCAAGGGUGAAUGGGCAAUAGGAGGGGGGGCGAUAAGAAAUGGUCAGGUGGGGUGUCAUAGAAGUUAAGUUCUUUUUAGGUGCAGGAGUAAGAAAUGUUGUCAGUUAUGCCACACAAUUGUCAAUCAAGCAACCAAUAACAUAUCUUCAAACUAUUUCCCCAUCCCCUUCAGAGGCAGGAAGAAGGGCCAAUCACCCAAGCGUAUUGAGUGAACAGUGUUAAGAGACUUGACAAACUCCCAGUACUCUGGAUAUGCACCGCCAACCUCCCAGUCUAUCAGGCCAGUUAUCCGAAUCCCUCCUCUUUCCUCAUCAUUAAUAGCCAGGAUAUUGCGAGGGUGCAGGUCACCAUGAGUAAGGAUCAACACGUUGAUUCUCAGGAAGCAUGGGUCUGAUGAACUCAACAUAUGGUUCCGUGCUAGAUCGGCUAUUCCCAGAGAGAAGCAACUCUUGCGCUUCCACAUUCUGCAGUCAAUGCACUGUGGUGGAUUGCCACCACCCAGAUAUUUAGAUGGUAAAGGUAGUGACCGGAGAUUCUCAAAUCUGGCAUCCAAUUGGUCUUGGAUAGAGAAUCUAUCAGUACUUGAGAGAUCUGGCCAAAGUUUGUCCAGGUAACGGCCCUCAAUGGGGUUCAUGAAUGCAUAGACCUUUCCGCCAAGACAGAGCAUGUCAAGAGGCUGGGGAACUGGAAUGUCCGCAGCAUGCUUUCGGAUUGGGGCAGUUAUGUUUGUAUCAGUUAAAGAUAUAUUAGAUCCAAGCCUCACAAUGAGAUGUUCAUCAAGCUGCACCAAAGCACCUUUCCCGCUCUUCAAGGCGCCGUUUAAGGUAGAGUAGAUGCCAUGGCCAGUUAGCUUGCACCCUUGGUAAGAGUACUGCUGCAAAAGUGCAAUGACUUCAGGCGCCAGUGGUUGUAGGAUCUCUGGCUGACCUUGUGGAAUUGCUAACAUAUGUUGAUAAGGGGGUUGUUUCUGAGGAGUGCUUCCACGACCUUCGAAAUUAGGUUAGUUCUUGGGUGGGUGGUGACCUUAAUGGGAGAAAGAAUGUACGGGCUGGCAAGAGAAGGAACCACAGAGCAUCGUACAUUCUUGACUCCUGAGACUACGAGUCUGCAACAGUCUGCGCCUCCUUGAAGGAUAGAGGUGGCCCCCCACCUUGUAAACUGUGUGCUGAGAUUUGCCCAUUGAGCAGUGUUCUGAAACUCGCGUUGGACAUUGGUUAUCGCAGAUUCGUUUAAGGCCACCAGAGCCUUCCGAUUAUCCCCAUCAUCGUCACCAUCCGUCUUGUUGUUGUGCGAGGCGGUCUCUUCUGACCUAGGUUUGGAGUUGUUUUUGACUGCUGGGUGCGAUGAAAGAGACGAGCAUGAUGCUGGCGCCCAGCACGGAGCUCAGGUCCGUUGCCCAGUUCAGAAUCCUGGUGGGCAUGGUUUCCGGGAACCUAUUGCAGGCGGUGCAUCUGCCUUGAGCAAGUGGUUUUUAGUUUCCAGUGCGUGUUUACUGUGCUGCGUAGAAGAACUUGGCAUAGAAAAUCCGUUCGAGCUACUCCCGUACUGUAAAAGUUACUGUGUACUUCAACGUGGCUUGAUUGAUUGUGGCUAGGUAGCUAGCCCGCUUGUCUAACUGCUUCUAGUUAGUGGCAGCAGCAGCAACUUAAAGUGGAGACUCUGGAGAGCAACCCGGGGUCCAACCAUUG